GACACAGCAUUUAGAUAAUGAUCAACCUCACUGCUAUAUGCUAUCCCUAAAUAUCUCUAGAAACUCUUCUUACUAAUAUUUCACAGAAUAUGGCUGGACUAUCUCCAAUUACAGCAGAUAUAGGCUGCAAACUAGUUCAAGAGAUAGUGAAAGAUGGUGAUGAAAUACCGGAUAAGUACGUAAGCAAGGAUUUUCAAUAUGGAGCCAUAGAAGAGGACGUACCGAUAAUCGACAUACCUGUAGUUGAUAUGAAGGUUUUGACAUCUUCAUCAGCUUGUGGGAGAGAGGAACUUGGAAAACUUCAAUCAGCCCUAAGCUCAUGGGGUUGUUUUCAGUUUCAGGCAAUAAACCAUGGAAUUGAAGAAUCAAUCAUAGAUGAAGUACACAAAGCUUCAAGACAAUUCUUUGACCUUUCAAUGGAAGAGAAGCAAAAAUAUGGGAGAGCAGCAGACGAUAUGGAUGGAUAUGGAAAUGACAUGGUUCUAUCUGAAAAUCAAACUCUUGAUUGGACUGACCGAAUAUAUCUCCUGGUUCAUCCAGAAGAUGAGCGAAAGCUCAAGUAUUGGCCUGAAAAUCCCAAGUCGUUUAGGGAAAUUUUAGAAGAAUAUAGCAGCAGAUUAAAACUGAUAGCAGAAGAGCUCCUCAAGUCCAUGGCAAGGUGUUUGAACUUACCGGAUGAUCGAUUUCUGAAACAAUAUGGAGACAGGCCAGUAAUAUAUGCAAGAUUUAACUUUUACCCUCCAUGUCCGAGGCCAAAACUUGUUCGUGGCCUCAAAUCCCAUGCAGAUGGAUCGGCCAUUACCAUUCUCUUACAAGAUAAAGAAGUUGAAGGCCUUCAAAUACUGAAAGACAAUAAAUGGUACCGAGUUCCCAUCAUGCCUUAUGCUUUUCUUGUCAAUGUUGGUGAUCAAGUAGAGAUAAUGAGUAACGGACUUCUUAAGAGCCCCGUACACAGAGCUGUGACAAACUCAGAGAAAGAGAGGAUCAGUGUGGCUACGUUCUUUAGCCCAGAAUCCGGGAGUGACAUCGAGCCUGUUGAGGAGCUCAUUGAUGAUAAAAGGCCAAGAUUAUACAAGACAGCGAAGGAUUAUCUUUCAACUUACUUCCAAUACUACCAGCAAGGAAAGAGACCACUCGAUGCUGUGAAAAUCUAAAGUAUAUAGUGCUUCACUCUCAUCUUUUCGUGCUUAACACAGCGCUAGUUGAUAUCUGUAACCCAUGAAUCCUAUGCAAUAACGUGAACAAUACUUUUGUUGUAUGAGAAUAAUCUGAGCAAUAUUAGUGAAGACCAGAUGUUUAUCUUCA